GUAGGAGCUUCGGUGGUAGGGGCUUCAGUGGUGGGGGCUUCAGUGGUGGGGGCUUCGGUGGUCGGCUCAGGGGUGUCAGCGACACUCGUGGUGGUGGGAGCUGACGUUUCAUCAACAUCGGGCUCGCCGGUGGUGGGUUCAGGAGUGGAGGCUCCAGUUGGGACUGUCACGGCCGGAGUAGGAGCAGGUGGGGUGGUCAUGUUGUCACUGGUUGGGUAAGGGGUGGCAGCUUCGAUGACGGGCGUCACCGUGGACGCAGCGGCUUCAGUUGUGGUAGGUGCAGAAGUGUCAGGGUAUGCAGUCGUUGGCUCGGGGGUGUCGUCGUCAAAGUCAGGCUCUCCGGCCGUGGGAGAUGGAGUGGGAACGACAGUGGGAACGGUCACGGCUGGAGUAGGUGCAGGUAGUGUGGUUGCCGGAAGGUCCUCAAUUUCGACCGCGUUUUCGGGCGAGAUACUGAACGAUUCAGCGUACCCGACGACGCUCGUGACGACUUGGCCGUGCUUAAGGUAUUUUUGAGUCCACCCACCGCCAGCGACACCUUCAAUACGCAACGUGCCGUUGUUCGUGCAAGCUUGCGUGGUGUCCUUGAGCUCGGCCAGUACCUUGAAAGCGUUUUCGACCUUGUCUUCGUAGAGACCACCGUGGAGGUGUUUUCCAGAGUGGAUAGAGCCCGCCACUUGGACUUGAUGGUGUUCAAUGUCCACGGACGCCAGCGCCCCACCCGAAUAUUUGUCCUUGCCGCGGCUGAGCGGGACGUAGAAGCCACCGCCACCGGCAAUCGCUUCCACGAGCACAGUGUGCCCACACAAUACCUUAAACUCAGCGUGUGCGCCACCGUCCAAGAAAAGGUACUCACGCUUGUCGACGCAGUCGUCAGAAGGACGCCAUUGGAGUGGCGAGACUUGCUUGAUGUCCUUGUUGGCAUCGUCAGGAUGCUCGAUGAACGAUUGCAGGACCUUGAACGCCGAUUGCACAGACAGGUCUCCGCAUGACUCGCUCCAUUCGGCGCCUUCCGUGUGAAGGGUGAAGGACGAGUCGAUCGAGAAGUUGACGUCCGUCGAAUCCGAGAUCCACUGCGCCAAGCUCGUCACGAACUCGUCCGUGUCGUC